AUGAUAAUAGAGCCUCUUAAGCAGGAGCCAAAUCUUUUUGAAGCAGGUGGUUCAAUCGAGCAAAGUAUUUGGUCAUCAAAUAAUAGAAUAUUUGAAGGUGAUAAAUUAUUCUAUGCCAAAGCAUCUGCCUUUAAG